AUGGUAUUCUCGUUCUAUCUCGCGACCGCAUGCCUGCUGGCCAUAGCAUCGGCACAAUCAUCAUGCGGCCCCUCACCAUCCGGCAAAGUCAGACCUUCCAUCGCUUCUGGAUAUAAAUGGCAGGUAGUGGCAACUGGUUUAGCACGACCUCGUGGCAUCGCUUUCGACGACCAGGGGAGAUUGCUUGUCGUCGAGUCCGGAUCUGGCAACUUGUCGGCGCAUACACUAUCCGAAGAUGGUAGCGGCUGCGUAACAGUCAACUCAUCGAAGAAUGUAGUGACGGGCUUGAGUCUGAACCAUGGUAUCGCUUUUGACAACAACAAUCGCAUGCUCUACGCUUCGAACACCAACGACACAUAUGGAUGGCAAUACGACUCUUCUGCGAUCUCUGUGUCAAAUCAGCAGACGCUGGUUAGUAACAUGUCGGGGACCGAUCACAGUACGCGAACGCUCCUGCUUCCGCAAUCAGCACCAGGCAUGUUGGUCAUCAGUUUCGGUAGUUUGAGCAACCUCGAUCUUUCAGCGACAAACAUGGAUUCUGGCACAGCAUCGGUCAAGGCAUUCAACUUGACAAAUAGUACCAAUACAUACACCUAUCAGACCGAUGGUCUUCUUCUCGGAUGGGGUCUGCGCAACGAGGUCGGUCUUGCAGAGCAUCCAGCAACUGGUGGUAUUUGGGGUGUCGAGAAUUCUGCAGACCAAAUGACACGGCACGGUGUUGACGUGCAUGCCACCAAUCCAGGCGAAGAGCUCAACUUUUUAGGUUAUGUCAAUGGGACCGAGUCCGCACAAGAAGGCUCGAACUUCGGUUACCCUUGGUGCUUCUCAGCUUGGAAUCCUUCGAUCUUGCCUGACAACGGACAAAUCGAGGUCGGCACACAGUUCGCCAUUGAUGCUUCUCCAGACUUGGACAACCAGAACAAGACAGACGCNUUUUGUGCCAACCAGACUCAAAGCAGACUGGUGUUCACCUCACACAUGGCACCGUUGGAUAUCAAAUUCAACGACACCGGCAGACAAGCAUGGAUCACUUUCCACGGCAGCUGGAACAGCCCUCAACCUGUCGGUUACAAGUUAUCAGUCGUCAACUUUACAGAUUCUGGAGAGCCAGUCGAUGCCCUUACAAGUAGAACAGCAGCUGUGGAUAUCUUUGGGAACGCAAAUAACUCGGUUUGCCCCAAUGACUGUUUCCGUCCUGUCGCGAUGGCGCUUGACAGUCGAGGCAGAAUCUUUCUUUCGUCUGAUGCUACGGGCGAGAUUUAUCUUGUUACUAAAGACGAAACUGCUGGUGGUACACCAACUACUUCACCCAGCUCUUCAACAUCGUCCUCGUCUGGUGCAUCGAGCUCAACGACCUCCGCUGGUAGUGGCAUGUCUGCAAGAUAUUCAUCAUCUGUCUUCGGUUUGAGUUGUCUGUCCAUACUAGCAUUCUUCUUUAUGUAG